GUUAGGGGUACACGAACUUCAGAAACACUCCAGACCAAUUUUGUCAGGAAGAGGAUAUGGAUGAUACCAUGGGUCCUGAACAGCCACUUCCACUACCAGCCGAAUUCGACAAUGUCGACGACUAUGUCGAGUCACUGUUGAAGUUCAGCACUUCCUCAUGGCUGCUGCAGACAUUGUGUGGAGGCGUCCACGUGCUGGACUUCUACACACGCACACCAGAUCUCUAUUCGACUAUCUUGCCGCAAUCAUGGAGAGAUUGGUUCAAGAGCCGAGACAUUAUGCACGUCCUGGACUUGCUAAUGCGAGAGGACCUGGCCCAAUUUGAUGAUGGGACACCAACCUGGCGAGAUGGCCCAAGUCCACCUGCAGAUCUUGUGCAAUACAUCAAGGAUGUUCGAAGACAUCUGCUUGCACGAGACUUCCCUCCACCAGGCUCCGGGCCACAGCCUGAGAGGGCAUCUUUGGCACGACACAUCACCCUGGGCAUGAAGGUCAAGAAAGUGCACGAAGUGGACAACUUUGCGCGCUACCUCGACAAACUGACCUCAGAAAUUGCCUCUUCCGGCAAGGAGCCCAUCACGCAUCUUGUAGACUUUGGCUCUGGGCAGAACUAUCUCGGCCGUGCGCUUGCCGCCCAACCUUACUCCAAGCACAUCGUUGCUGUUGAGAGUAGACCACACAACAUCGAAGGUGCGAAGAACAUGGAUGUACUCGCCAAACUGGUGGACAAACCUCUUGUUAUGAGGAACAAGAAGGAGUAUCGGGCAUUGACGGGCAAGGGUAAGAAGAAGAAGCCAAAGGACGCUCAAGCCAGUGCUGCUCCAGAUGACGCCGCAAAUGAGCCGGCUGUGGAGAAAGAGGACGCAAAGCCAACUACCAAUGGAACUACUUCGAUACCUGCUGCUACUGUAGAAGCUACGUCUAUCCCUACACCUGCUCUGGAAGGUGUGAAAUGCGAUGAUGACGGCUGCACUGUCGAGCAUUCGGAAACGUUACGGCAAGAAAUCGCACCGAAGGCGGAAGGGACAGUACAACGCGACUCGAAGGGUAGCUUUGUCAAGGAUACGAAGACCAGUACUACCAACCUCCAGAUAUACUCAGAAGGUCAUGGCAGCGUACAGUAUGUGGAGCACAUCAUCAAGGAUGGCGAUCUGCGCCCCGUCAUCAAUCAAGUCCAUGACCCCUCGCACAUCGCAGAAGACAAAGUCACUUCGACCUCCGCAACCACUGAAGUGCCAUUGGACCUCACAACAGUACCGAAACCAAAGAAAGUCAACGCCAUGGUCAUGUCCUUGCAUUCCUGCGGCAACCUCGUGCACUACGGCCUCCGCUCCCUGCUCCUUAGUCCAGAAAUCUCAGCAGUAGCAAUGGUAGGCUGUUGCUACAACCUUGUGACCGAACGUCUCGGGCCCCCAACGUAUAAGCUGCCCACUCUUCGUCCGAACCACCCUCGUCUCGAAGCAACCGCAAACGCAUUCGACCCCCAAGGCUUCCCCAUGUCCGAGAAGCUCGCCAACUACCCUAUCCCUCGGCCCCCAACACUCGAUGCCUCAUUCCCCAAUGCAUCUGUCGAGCCCUCUGGCGCCAAGGGCCUCCGCCUCAACAUCACAGCGCGCAUGAUGGCCGUCCAAGCACCCUUCAACUGGGGCCGCGCCGAUAGCGAAACCUUCUUCAGUCGGCACUUCUACCGCGCCUUACUGCAGCGUAUAUUCCUCGAUCGCGGCAUUGUAUCUGCCCCUGUUGAUGCGAGCAACUUCCCCGACCCAGUCUCUGCAAACGGACACACGAGCCACGUCAACUGGACACCGCCCAACGGCCGCGGCCCCGGUCUAUCAUCCGAUGGUACCUCGACACCCCUCACCAUCGGUACGCUGCGCAAGUUCGCCUACGGCGAUUUCGUAUCCUACGUCCGUGCCGCAGAAGCCAAACUCGUAGCUCCAAACUCCUUCUGUGAAGUUGAUCCUAAUUUCAUCAAGAGCAAGAUGGACGGCUUGACCGACGACGAUAUCAGGGACUACGAGGUACGGUAUGCGGAGCGAAAGAAGGAGCUCAGUGUGAUGUGGAGCUUGAUGGCGUUCAGUGCGGGAGUUGUCGAGGCGGUUAUUGUCACGGAUCGGUGGCUGUGGCUGAAGGAGCAGAGUGAGGUGGAGAUGGCGUGGGUAGAGCCGGUCUUUGAGUACAAGCAUAGUCCGCGGAAUUUGGUAGUUGUGGGGGUUAAGAAGUGAUGUAUAAAGGAUGAGAGGUAGGUUGUUGACGCUGAGGUUUGGAUCCAUGGAAGGGCUGAUCAUGCUGCACG